AUGCGGGCUAUCAUACAGUCCUCCGCCCUCGCCAGCUUCAAGACCACCCGGGAUGAAUACGCAAAGUACCUUAAAGGCCUGUCUAACGGCGAUAACGGUGGUCAAGGAACGCUCAAUCUCAUCGAAGCGAAGCUACAAUCCUUCGCCAACACACUCUCAAUGUGGGCGCUUAUGAGAAACGGCACCAAGAAGGAUGGAGUUUGCUUCGAGGCACGCUGCAACAACCUGAGGAUUCUGAUGAAAGAGCUGGCACUUCUUGUUGACUGUGCACAGCAUUCUCUGCUCUAUCAAGACUUCUAUGAGGAAGAGGCCCACAUGUUGAAAAUCUUCAGGAUGGCCUCGAUCCAAAUUGGAAGCCUCAGUUUGCAAGGUCUGUCCAACGAUGACAGGGAAGCGUCGGCAAACGCGCGACUUGUGGAGUUGGAGCAAAAGAAGUGGACACGUCGAUCCCCAUCUGAUGACGAUUGGCGACUGGCAAUGUUGCGAGAGUACUGGAAUCGAUUCUACUUCAAAGUUGACGGCUGCAUGUGCGGACAGUGCCUGGGUGUCUAUGUGCAGCACAGAGAUCCAUCUCUGUCGCCUCCACUUCCCCCUCUCCCUGAUCUCUCAACUGAUUAUGUGACUUCCAGUGAGGAGGAAUGA